UUGGGCGGCUGCCGGGAAGUUUGGGAGCAUGGCGGAGCGGCCCGGGGCGGCCGGCCCCCGACAGCGCGCCGGGGCGGCGGCGGGCGAGCGGCCGCGCUGAGCCCAGCCGAUCCCCCCCCUCCCCGCCCGCCGGCAUGGCCCGCUGGAUCCCCACCAAGCGGGAGAAGUACGGGGUCGCAAUAUACAAUUACGAUGCUGUCCAAGAUGUGGAGCUCUCCUUGCAAGUUGGCGAUACUGUCCACAUUUUGGAGAUGUAUGAAGGCUGGUACCGAGGAUACACACUCCGAAAUAAGUCUAAGAAGGGCAUUUUCCCAGAAACAUAUAUCCAUUUAAAAGAGGCGAUCGUGAAGGACCGGGGACAACAUGAAACAGUGAUUCCAAGUGAAUUGCCCCUCGGACAAGAACUCACUUCUACCCUGAGGGAGUGGGCAGUUAUCUGGCACAAGUUAUAUGUGGAUAACAAGACAACGCAGUUUCGGCAUGUUCAACAAAUGACUUACAGCCUGAUAGAGUGGCGGUCACAGAUACUGUCCGGGACGCUUCCCAAAGAUGAGCUGGCUGAGCUAAAGAAGAAAGUCACUGCUAAGAUUGACUAUGGCAACAGGAUCCUAGGUUUGGACCUGGUUGUACGAGAUGACAAUGGGAACAUCUUGGACCCAGAUGAAACCAGCACAAUCUCUCUCUUCAAGUCCCAUGAAACUGCAUCCAAAAGGAUUGAUGAAAGAAUCCAGGAAGAGAAGUCCCUGCAACAGAAUUUGGACCUCCGAGGGCAGCCAAUAUUCAACACAACACAUACAUACAGCCUGUAUGUAAACUUCAAGAAUUUUGUCUGCAAUAUUGGGGAAGAUGCAGAGCUGUUAAUGAGCCUCUAUGAUCCUGAUCUCUCCAAAUUCAUCAGCGAAAAUUACCUGGUUCGUUGGGGCAGUAAUGGGAUGCCUAAAGAAAUUGAGAAACUAAAUAAUCUUCAAGCAGUCUUUACUGAUUUAAGCAGUUCUGACUUGAUCAGACCGAAAAUCAGCUUGGUGUGUCAGAUCGUGAGGGUGGGGCAUAUGGAGCUGAAAGAUGGGAAGAAACAUACCUGUGGACUCCGGAGGCCCUUUGGUGUGGCAGUGAUGGACAUAACUGACAUCAUACAUGGAAAGGUGGACGAUGAGGAAAAGCAGCAUUUUAUUCCAUUUCAGCAGAUUGCCAUGGAAACAUACAUCAGACAGCGACAGCUAAUCAUGUCCCCACUGAUAACUUCCCAUGUGAUCGGAGAAAAUGAGCCCCUCACUUCUGUCUUCAACAAAGUCAUCGCUGCAAAGGAAGUGAAUCAUAAAGGGCAAGGUCUUUGGGUCUCCCUGAAACUGCUUCCUGGCGAUCUAGCACAGGUGCAAAAGGAUUUUUCCCACCUUGUAGACAGAUCAACUGCUGUGGCUCGCAAAAUGGGAUUCCCUGAGAUAAUCCUUCCUGGUGAUGUUCGAAAUGAUAUCUACGUCACCCUGAUACAAGGGGAGUUUGACAAAGGGAAGAAGAAGACUCCCAAGAAUGUGGAAGUCACCAUGUCUGUACACGAUGAAGAUGGCAAUCUCCAAGAGAAAGCUAUCCAUCCUGGUGCUGGUUAUGAAGGUGUCUCCGAAUAUAAGUCUGUUGUUUAUUAUCAAGUCAAGCAACCGUGCUGGUAUGAAACUGUAAAGGUGUCCAUUGCAAUAGAAGAAGUCAGUCGUUGCCAUUUAAGAUUCACUUUCCGUCAUCGGUCAUCACAGGAGUCUAGGGAUAAGUCUGAGAGAGCUUUUGGCAUGGGCUUUGUGAAGUUGAUGAAUGCAGAUGGAACCACACUGCAAGAUGGCAAACACAAUUUGAUUGUUUAUAAGGGUGAUAACAAGAAAAUGGAAGAUGCUAAAUGCUAUUUAACUCUUCCUUGUACCAAAACCGAGAUGGAAGAGAAGGAGGCCCCCUCUGGGAAAAAUCUGCACCAUCUAGCCAACUUCACACCCACUAAAGACAGUACAAAAGACAGCUUCCAGAUUGCCACUUUGAUCUGCUCCACCAAACUUACCCAGAAUGUUGACCUGCUGGGUUUGUUGAACUGGCGUUCUAACUCUCAGAACAUAGCUCACAACCUGAGGAAGCUAAUGGAGGUGGAAGGAGGAGAAAUUGUAAAGUUUUUGCAAGACACCCUUGAUGCACUUUUCAACAUAAUGAUGGAAAUGUCAGAAAAUGAAACCUAUGACUUCCUUGUGUUUGAUGCACUGGUAUUUAUUAUUUCUUUGAUCGGAGACAUCAAGUUCCAGCAUUUCAACCCUGUACUUGAAACUUAUAUUUACAAGCACUUCAGUGCAACCCUGGCAUAUGUGAAGCUCACCAAAGUACUGAACUGUUAUGUGGGAAACGCUGAUGACUCCAGCAAGACAGAAUUGCUAUUUGCUGCUCUGAAAGCCUUGAAGUACCUGUUCCGAUUCAUUGUUCAGUCACGAAUAUUGUACCUGAGGUUUUAUGGGAAAAGUGAAGAUGGGGAUGAAUUUAAUGAUGCAAUACGCAAGCUGUUCCUCUCCUUCAAUGUCCUCAUGGACCGGCCUUUAGAGGAGGCUGUCAAGAUUAAGGGUGCAGCUUUAAAGUAUUUGCCAAGCAUCAUAAAUGAUGUCAAACUAGUGUUUGACCCUGUUGAGCUCAGUGUCCUCUUCAGCAAGUUUAUCCAAAGUAUUCCCGACAACCAGUUAGUUCGCCAGAAGCUGAACUGCAUGACCAAGAUAGUCGAGAGUGAUCUGUUUAAACAGUCUGAAUGCAGAGAUGCUCUUCUGCCGCUACUAAUAGAUCAGCUGAGUGGCCAGCUGGAUGACAAUUCAAGCAAGCCCGACCAUGAGGCCUGCUCACAGCUACUUAGCAGUGUUCUUGAAGUCCUGGAUCGGAAAGAUGUGGGGCCCACCGCUGUGCACAUCCAGCUGAUCAUGGAACGCCUGCUAAGGAGAAUAAACCGCACGGUGAUUGGAAUGAGCAGACAGUCUCCGCACAUUGGUAUCUUUGUGGCCUGUAUGACAGCCAUCCUGAGGCAGAUGGAUGAUUUCCAUUACAACCAUUACAUCAAUACUUUCAAAACCAGGCAGGACAUCAUUGACUUCCUGAUGGAAACAUUCAUUAUGUUUAAGGAUCUGAUUGGAAAAAAUGUCUAUGCAGCUGACUGGAUGGUCAUGAAUAUGAUGCAGAGCAGGGUUUUCCUCCGGGCAGUGAACCAGUUUACCUCUGUACUCAACCGUUUCUUUCUGGAUCAAGCAAAUUUUGAACUCCAGCUCUGGAAUAACUAUUUCCAUUUGGCAGUGGCCUUUCUCACUCAUGAAUCCCUCCAGCUGGAGACCUUCUCACAAGCCAAACGCAACAAAAUUAUCAAGAAGUAUGGGGACAUGAGGAAAGAAAUUGGCUUCAAAAUAAGGGAUAUGUGGUACAAUUUGGGUCCCCACAAAAUAAAAUUCAUUCCAGCAAUGGUAGGCCCCAUCCUGGAGGUAACCCUGGUCCCUGAGCCUGAGCUACGGAAAGCUACAAUUCCCAUCUUCUUUGAUAUGAUGCAGUGCGAGUUUAACUUCAGUGGGAACAGAAACUUCCAUAUGUUUGAAAAUGAGUUGAUAACCAAGCUGGACCAGGAAGUGGAGGGUGGUCGAGGAGAUGAACAGUACAAGAUAUUACUGGAGAAACUCCUCCUGGAGCACUGUCGGAAGCAUAAAUACCUCUCUGCUUCUGGAGAAGUGUUUGCUCUGCUGGUCAGCAGCCUGCUAGAGAACCUGCUGGACUACAGGACCAUCAUGCACGAUGAAAGCAAGGAGAACCGCAUGAGCUGCACUGUCAAUGUGCUGAAUUUUUAUAAGGAGAAGAAACGAGAGGACAUUUAUAUCAGGUAUCUGUAUAAACUCCGGGACUUGCACACAGACUGUGAGAACUUCACAGAGGCAGCAUACACUCUCCUCCUCCAUGCAGAGCUGCUCCAGUGGUCUGAGAAGCCAUGUGUCCCUCACCUCCUGCAGCGGGACAGCUACUACGUCUACUCGCAACAAGAACUCAAGGAAAAACUCUACCAAGAAAUUAUCUCCUUCUUUGACAGAGGCAAGAUGUGGGAAAAAGCCAUUCAACUCAGUAAAGAGUUGGCUGACAUGUAUGAAAACAAGGUCUUUGAUUAUGAAGGACUUGGUAAUCUCCUGAAAAAACGAGCUACUUUUUAUGAGAAUAUUAUGAAGGCAAUGAGACCUCAACCAGAAUACUUUGCUGUUGGAUACUAUGGUCAGGGUUUUCCCUCUUUCCUCCGGAAUAAAAUUUUUAUCUACCGUGGCAAAGAGUAUGAACGAAGGGAGGACUUCAACCUGAAGCUGUUGACCCAGUUUCCCAGUGCCGAGAAGAUGACCAGUACUGCCCCUCCAGGAGAAGAGAUCAAGUCUUCUCCUAAACAGUAUGUGCAGUGCUUUAUUGUGAAGCCUGUGAUGAACCUGCCACCUAAUUAUAAAGAUAAACCUGUUCCUGAACAGAUCUUAAACUACUACAGAGCAAACGAGGUACAGCAGUUCACGCACUCCCGACCAGUCAGGAAAGGAGAAAAAGAUCCAGACAAUGAGUUUGCUAAUAUGUGGAUAGAAAGGACAACCUACACGACAGCAUAUUCGUUUCCAGGCAUCCUCAAGUGGUUUGAAGUCAAACAGAUCGCAACGGAGGAGAUCAGCCCCUUGGAGAACGCCAUAGAAACGAUGGAACUGACCAAUGAGAAAAUCAGCAACAUCGUCCAACAGCAUGUCUGGGACCGGAGUCUUCCUGUCCAUCCUCUCUCUAUGCUCCUGAACGGGAUUGUGGACCCAGCGGUCAUGGGGGGAUAUACCAACUAUGAAAAGGCUUUUUUCACAGAGAAAUAUCUUCAAGAACAUCCUGAAGAUCAAGAUAAAAUUGAGAUGCUUAAGCAGCAAAUUGCUCUACAGAUGCCGUUGUUGGCAGAAGGGAUCAGGAUCCAUGGUGAGAAGCUGACGGAACAGCUGAAGCCUCUACAUGACAGACUGACAGCCUGCUUCAAGGAGCUGAAGAAGAAGGUGGAGAAGCAGUACGGUGUAAUAACUUUGCCUCCUUCCCUCACCGAGAGGAAACCGAGCAGGUCAGGCUCUGUCGUGUUGCCCUAUAUCAUGUCUUCCACGCUGAGGCGGCUCUCUGUCACAUCUGUGGCGUCUUCUGUGGUCUCUACAUCUUCCACAUCGUCUGAUAGCACUUCCUCCAGACCAGGCUCAGACGGAUCUAUUCUGGAGCCUCUCUUGGAGAGAAGAACAUCAACAGCUUCCAGAGCUGAGGAACUGCCCAUGAAAGAUGAUGGUGAUAACCGGAUUAGCAAACUGAAGCGGAAGGAGUGGAGUAUUAGCAAGUCUCAGGUUAUUGUAGAGAAGGAGCCAGAAACGGAACUGACUUCCAAAAUGGGUAUGUCAGGAAAAGCACAAAGGCCAAAGAGUCUUCAAUUAGGAGACAACAGACUGACUUUGCUUCAGGGUUCUUCGCUCCAGCCAUCAACGCCUCGCAGCCCACCACCCAUCACUCCCAAAACCCCAAGAACCCAAAGUUUCCCCUCAUUGCAAGCUGAUGGAUUGGCAACCGCCAGCUUACAGAGUACCCCACCUCCACCUCCGCCCAAAAGCAAACCCUAUGAGAAUAGCAACCCGAGGAAUUCUGUGGAGGUUGCUCCACCACUACCCAGCAGACGUGAAGCCAAACCUCCCCCUCCACCCCCAAAAACCAGAAAAUCCAGCGUUGCCUCUUCAGAGCAAGGAUUGCAGUGAGGAUCACAUCUUGCUGGUGUAACGGCGAGCGCCUAGAGUGAAACGGCUGCUUUCUUUUUACUGACAUGCUGGGGCUCUCUGACCCUAAGGACUACUGAUUUCACCUGCCAUUCCAUUCCCUCCCCUUGGGAGUUUUCUUUGGGAAAUACUAAAAGGAACUGUUAUUGAGACUGUAUUCCCAACCUCUGGUUUACCUUUCCAGUACGAGACACUAAUCACGGAGCAGGAGAAGUCGCCUGACUGGAAUUCUUGUCUGUCUUAGUCUUGUCUGUCCCGAGUUUUUUCACUGAUGCAAUUUCAGCAGCUCAUUCCUAGUGUAAAUCUGUCACAGUAGUGAUUUGAAGCAGUGUUUGAACCCAGGUAAGCCACACCAGUAUGAGGAGAGUCCUACAGCGUUUUCACCCAAGUUCAUUUCAGCUUUCCAGCUGUACUCGCACACGGAUCCCUCCUCCUGCCCCUGGAGUGUAGCCAAGCCCUGGUUUGCGUGGAGUGAAACAAGUCGCAGCCGUUCCAAAGUCGUGAAGUGUCGGCUCCUGAGAUGUCAGGUGCCGGUGUAUGAUGUGCAGUCUCCUAAGAUUCUUGAUUGCAGGCAGAGACCUGAGCAUAGUUAGCAGAAUAAGAAGUCUCUUACUUUCUGCUAGUCAUCAUAUGUAUUUAAGAUGCAGUGCAGACGUUCUGCCUUACACCGUCUCUGCUCGAGUGGUGGCGGUUGCUCGCUCCCAAUGGAGAGCUUAGGUUCCCCAGUACUUUGUCGUAAUUUCGCUGUUGAUUCUGGUUUUAACGCUAAGGAGGAGUUGAUAUUCCUCCCUGAAUUGUGUUACCUACUUGGUUUGUACUUGCAUCUGGGGCUUGGUGCAGUAUUUCGUCGUUGUCCUGUUUAAUAGGGUGUAAGAAGCUGCUUCUCUCCUCUGACUGUGUGAGAAGAAUAGAAGCUGCGUCAAUACCAGCGCUGGACUGGUACCAGCAACAUGGAGAGGAUGGAGUGUGCAAAACUAGUUAUACACCCUGACCUCAGAAACAAACUCUGGUGGUUACUGUAACCUUUACUUUGCUGGGCAAAUUCACACAAAUAUAAAUAAUUCUAAUCCUCUUUUUUUUUUUUUUUUUUCCCCUGCACCCCUUUGUGGUGGUACUUGCACUUUGUUUUCCAGCCUUAGGUUUUUAACAGCCACUAGGCUUUAAGGAGCCAUUUACAUCCGAGGUGCAUGUGAAAAACUUGACAAUUAACCACCUACUUUCCUGUUGCUUGGAUUACUCCAGCUCUGCAGCUUUUCUCUCCUUGGAGGAUAGGAAAAUCUGUUUAAAUUCUUCUUUUAGUUAUUUGUUCCCUGCUUUGUCCGGAUGUCAGCAUCAGUCUUUCUGUUUGUAUAGAGAAAAAAUGACAUGAUGUUAGGUUUUAAUGUUUUCAAAUUCACGUGAUCCAUGCAGAGAAGGGCUGUUGCCCGCUGUUAGAAUAGCCUGUGCUCCCAGUUGCAUAGUGACCAAAAAUUCAACAUAAAUAUUAUUGUUAUUUAUGGACCAGAUGGGUCUUAGACACAGCACUCCUCUAUGCCUGAGCUGCCACUGGAAGCUUGCUGGCAAAAAACGGGACAUCACCAUUUGUGAUUAAUACUCCUGAUGUUGGCAGAUGCAUUUUGCACCUUUCCGAGCUGCCCCCCUGGCUGGGGCUUGCUCUUCUGCAGCAGGUUUACGGGCAGUUCCUGCAGCACUUAAGCAGAAGACAAUUCAGUUUAAAAUUCUCUUGCAAAGUCUAUUUCUAUUCUGUGCUACUCUUAGGGGAUCUAGAUGACUCCAAAGAUAGUUACAGCAGCUCUUUUUUUGCUGUGUGGAGCAGGACUUUCCUAAACUGCCUGUUUCAAAAUGGUGAAGAACUUCACUGUUGUCUUUCCAAGCUACGUAAUUUAAACUUUCUUUAUACAUCCCCCAGAGUUGCAGCUGUUGGUGCCACAUUCCCAGCAGCUGAAAAGCCAGUGGAGUUUGGGAUUUUCUUGAUUUGUAAGUUAUUCUCUUGUCACUUUCAGGCAGAAUAUUUUGCCGUGCUAUUCUGCCUGGCCUAUUUAUAAACAUCGCUCUGACAUGGCUGUUGUUUUUCACUGGUGUUUUCCAGGGAAGGGGAAAAAAAAAUAAAAAUCACUCGUCAUUGUUGUUCCCUCUCACUACGGAAGGCAGGAAACACGGGAGUUUGCUUGUGAAGUUCAUAUUCAAACUUUUUGGAAAGUUCAGCAUUUUUUAAAACUCAUCAUGAAGAGGGAUGAGCUGAGGAAUUUUGUGUCCAAGUUUAUUUCUGAACCUAUACAAAAUUUUGGCUGUUUGGUUACAGUCUGUGGCCUGUUUAUUCAUCAGUGGUAUUGAUGAAGAUUCUGCCAUGGGCUCGCUCUUCCAGGAGAUGAUCGUGCUUGUUAUCGGUAGCUAUCAUUUAGCUUCUGAUUAUCUGGUAGAAGUUGGAGACGCACUGAAAACCCUGCUGAGGAUGCUGCUCACAGUAGUAAAUACAAAUACUGUUGCACUGGGGUUUUGUAGACCACUGCACUGUUACUCUGCUCACGUGACUUAAAUGGGUUUCAUCACCUUAGUGAAAAAUUGAAGUUCGUUAAACCUAAUGAAAGCUUUUCUCAGCAAAGCCUUUUCCAGGGAAAAACCAAGCCAGUGAAACCCUAGGUGUUUUGUUCGGACUAAAGUAGUCCUUUCUUUUCGUCUUAUGUGUUCCUUUGGCUUCAGUGUGACUCCAGUUAAAGAAACCCGCAGAAGCUGCGUCUGCGUUGCUGCCUGCAGGGCUCUCUACAACAGAUUUGCUUUCAUCAAAGGGUCGUAUCGGAUUCACAUCACAAACCGGGUUGGAGACAUUUUGGAAGUUGCACUGUAGUCACAUCACAUACAUCCGCGGUCACGUUUGCUACAGUGCACAUACAGCUCUCUCCUGGGCUCUUCCCUUCUCGGGGGAAAUCUUUGAAACCUUUCCGGACAACUUGACCGUGGUUCACCCCCUCUCUCUGGUGCAUUGUAGGACUUGUCAGCUCCACAUUAUGUUCUUGGACAUAAACGCUGCUUGACUUGAAAACCACAGGGUUUUCUUGUGUCUCAUUUUUUUUUUGUCCGCUUCUUCCUCUUCUCCUGUCUUCCUUCUGCUGCACAUGCAAACUAAAGGACCCUCUGAAACUCUUCACUUGAACAAGAACUUUUGUCUUCGGUGAGAAUUUUGCUUUUGGCAGAACGGCAGGAUGUGGUCUGAAUUGUAGAAAAGUACGUAUUAAUACCACCUAUUGUUAAUUCAGUGCCUUUCCCCAUUCUGCAUCUGCCUCAUUCUUGGGUGCGUUUCCUUUUCAGAGCAGGUUGGCCUUUAACUCCUUUGGUAGGUCAGCAGAAACGGAGGCGGCUGUGUAGGAAUCCCCGCUAAAGCUUUGUCUGUCCUGGGUAAACAAACUAGCUAUCAGGUUUGGUUCCAAGUGACUUUUGAGUCUUAUUUCCCGACCAUUUUGAUCUGCUUUAAUAACUUUAACUCGUAGAUGUACCUUGUGCAUUCAGCAUUCAGUUUUCUUAAAUGUGUUACUGACUGGUGUGGGGAGGGUUCUGUUCGUGGCGGCUGUAGGGCAGCAUAGUUUGCCUAGAUGUACAAGAUGGAAUUUCUGUCCUGUGCGUGAUUUAGGGCUUCAUGCCAGUUUUAGAAAAAACCACUGUCUUCUACAUGUCACAUUUUUAAAGGCAAUUGGGCGUUUAAGUGUGUCAAUAAGCAUGGGGCCUGACUGAUUUUAAUUAAGUGGAAUUAAGUGCCCACACUUAUGAGAAAUCCCACCAGACCCCUGAUUUUUUUUUUUUUCAAGUGUUCUGCUCUUUGCUACAGGACCUACCUGACUUAAGUUCUGAGAUUUCAUUUUCAGAGACAAUUUAAGAUCUCACUGCUUAGUUUUCAAAAUGAGAAUCAUCUUUCCAUGUUAAUUAGAUGCUUUUGGGAACGUCGUCUGAUGUCUUGUAAACGGGAGCCGGAGAACGGUCCAUAAUGAUGUCAUCUCUGCAUACCAGAAAUGAAAGCAAAGAGCAGCCUUUCUACCCAAUGCAUAGUUUUGAAUAAAACAAAAUCUCAAAGUGAAAUAUCCACUCUGCAGAGAAGCCAAAAUCUAAUCCCAUUUCAUAGCCAUGCUGUUCAAAGCCAGUGUUAAAUUUCAAGACUUUAGAGGAUUUAUUUUUUUCUUUGGAGAAAUAUGCUCAACACUUGUUUUCUGGAGCUUUUAAUUAAAAUUUGUCAUGCUGUGAUAAAUUCCUUUAAAAAUGUUACAGGCUCUAAUCCACAUCAGGGGAAGAGAGAAACAGACAGCUUUCCAUUUCAGUGGAUUAUUGGCUUAGGAAAGGACACCGAUUCCAGUGAGAGCAGCUCUCUGAUCUGCAGUGGCAGAAGCUCCCGUAACGUAUAUGCAGUGGUUGUUGAGAACCUGCGUCUAAUAACCUUCCCACUCUGCAGCCCAGCGUGUGCUCCCCAGAUCCACAGUGAGUUAGACUUGUAGUGAUAACGGCUCAGACUCUCACAUUUUCUCUCCUUAUUUAUUUUUAUAAUUGUAAAUGGAAAUAAAUAAGUUUAAGACAUCUGUAAUUUAACUGUAAUCUUUUUCAUAGUGAAAACAUUCCUGACCCGUUACUGCGACCUUCUUUCAUUUUUCUUUUCCUUUCAAUUAAAAGCUUCUCUAUCUUAUUGUUGCAGACCAAAUUAUCUAGUGGACCGGGGUGAGCUUUUUGUAGGACUACAUCAGAAAGAAAAAGUAAAAAAAUAAUGUGAUUUCAUUGAUUGCCUGGCAGCAGAUGGGCUUUUCAAAAGCACAUGAGGUUCAGCUAAUUCUGCUCCUGUUAACAUUGAAGCACCUUUAGGAGAGUUUGGUGGGCGCUGUAGCAUGCAAAAGCGAGUCGCGAAUUCGGAAGUAGAGGAGCUUAACAAAAAGUGCAAAGCAGCUGCAUACGCUGUAUUUUUCUGACUGUUCUCAUUUAAGGCUGUCGUUGAAAACUCUGGACGUGCGUGACUGCGUACUUUGGACCUGUUUUUCACAUGCAUGGUCUGCAGUUUUUGUGGGGUUUUUGUUUGUUUUUUUUUUUUUUUUUUUAAACAGAGGUGUAAGUCCCUCAGCAGCUCUGAAAGUCAGCCCCAAUAUGCAUGGUAUUAAUUGAUGUAGUUUUUCAUUGUUGGUAUUACAAAGGUUUAAUGACAUGAUAAACCUUGGGACAUGUUUGUCUUGAAUUUGGGAGAAUAUGGAUGUUGUGUAACAUGUUUUUGUGAGUGUUUUGAGAUGCUGGAUGUGACGGCUUAGUUAGAAAACCCACCUCUGCAGACUGCAAAUACCUUCCCUGGUUUUUUUCUCUUUUCUUUUAGUCCUCUGCAAUUGAAUCAGCAAAAAUACAGCUUUUAAACUGGCUCUGAAGGAAGAGUAGGAGCUAAGCUUUGGAGAGGGAUUCUGCAUCUCUCUGGGUAAAUGACACAUGAUUCACUAAGUCUGUAAAGCAAGGUGUAUAAAUUUUCAUGUUUUUUAAAAUGUAUUAACUGUUGUAAAGUUUGUAAAUACCUUUUUAAAAUAAAUGUAGUUUUUAUGAGUGAAUGAGUGAAAAAAGAGCAUGGAAAAAUCUUUUGUAGGUGGACUACUGAAGUGCGAGUGGAAUUACAUUGCAACAGUAAGUUUGUU